AUGAGCCUUGGAAACCAUAGAGAGGGUUUGUGUAUCGUUCGGUUUGAUGGUGCAUCAGGUGGAAAUCCUGGACCAGCUGGUGCAGGAGCUGUUCUGUAUGCGGAAGAUGGGAGACUGCUCUUUCGAUUUCGUGAAGGACUAGGUUGUCAAAAAAAUAGUUCUGCUGAGUAUCGCGCUUUAAUUUUGGGUCUAAAGCAAGCAAUCUAUAAAAGAUUUAGGAACAUCACUGUGCAAGGAGACUCCAUACAUGUUAUCAACCAGUUUUUGGGUUCAUGGAAAAUCAGCAACCCGAAUUUAUUGAGCUUGUGUGAUGAUGCUUUGCAGCUAAGGGAAUGCUUUCACUCAUUCAACAUCCAACACAUUCCUACGGAAUAUAACACUGAAGUUAAUGCUCAAGCAAACCGGGCUAUCUAUCUUCGUGGUUAG